UAUGAUCGAUAUGAAUUUCAACCUCCCUCAGUUUGUGUUGGUGGUGGUUCAGGCAGCGGUCCGGCCACCCCGCUGCUGGGGUCCUCAUUGAGCCUCUCCCAGAAUCCUUCGCUCUCUUCUAGCUGCGGGAACCAAGAUGGGUCGCGUCAGGACUAAGACGGUGAAGAAGGCCGCUCGGGUGAUUAUUGAGAAAUACUACACCCGACUCGGCAGCGACUUCCACACAAACAAAAGGGUUUGCGAGGAGAUUGCCAUCAUCCCCAGCAAGAAACUCCGCAACAAGAUUGCAGGGUAUGUGACACACUUAAUGAAACGCAUCCAGCGAGGACCAGUUCGAGGCAUCUCCAUCAAACUGCAGGAAGAAGAGAGAGAGAGGAGGGAUAACUAUGUCCCAGAGGUCUCUGCUCUGGAUCAGGAGAUGAUUGAGGUGGACCCAGAUACCAAGGAAAUGUUGAAGCUGCUGGACUUCGGCAGCUUGUCCAAUCUUCAGGUCACACAGCCUUCAGUGGGAAUGGCCUUCCGGACUCCCAGACUCUAAAGUUGUUUCUACUAUGUCCUUAGAAUAAUAAAACAAUAAAAAGGAA